AUGAAUAUAGUUUGUGCGGAAAAACCACCAGUCUUGUAUAUAGACCAUCCGAAUUGGCAUCAGCAUACACUUGCUCUCUUUCCUAGACAAGCUUUCUUAACUUGCAAUGUGUGCGCCUUGGCCGAUGCAAGCUCUCCUAUCUAUAUGUGUCCCCCUUGUGAUUUUGUGGUCCAUCUAAGAUGUAUCAACUUACCACGUGUCAUAAGGAUAUCUCGCCACCCCCAUCGCAUCUCUUUUACCCCUUUGUUCGACCAACGAGAUAGAUCUUGUGGUGUUUGUCGCGAAACUAUCGACAACGAUUUUGGGGGUUAUUCUUGCAUCAAGGAUGAUUGUUCGUACGGAGCACAUUCAAGAUGUGCCACACAAAGAAAUGUGUGGGAUGGCAUAGAGCUUGAAGGGGUGUUAGAAGAGAUUGAAGAAGAAGUUGAGCCGUUUGUGACGAUAAGUGAUGGAAUCAUACAACAUUUUAGUCAUCAACAACAUCAUUUGAGACUUGAUGAGAACAAAGACAGAGAUUACGAUGACAGUAAGCAGUGUGAUGCAUGCAUCACACCAAUCUAUUUUGGUAACCUCUACUCUUGUAUACAAUGCAGCUUCAUUCUUCACGAAGAAUGUGCGAAUUUAUCUCGCAAAAUACAUCACCCGAUACAUCCACCUAUGCUCUCCCUAGUGGGAGGAUAUAACGAAGUUAGAAAGUAUGAGGAUAAGUGUUCAGCUUGUCCUUGGUCGUGCAUAGCAGGUUUCUUCUAUGUGUGUGAUAAAGAAGGAUGUUAUUUUAAGAUUCAUGUGCAGUGCGCUACAAUUUCUGAGCCAUUAGUCCAUGAAAGUCAUAUGGAUCCUUUAUUCCUAACAUCUAAACCAGGAGAGCAAAGAGGAUGCUCUGUUUGCAAAGAUUCAAGACUUGAAUGUACAAAUGAAACAUUCAAUUGCAUCAAAUGCGACUUUGCUUUGUGUUUUGGAUGUGCUACUUUACCUCAAAAUGUGAGGUAUAAGCAUGAUGAUCAUAUUCUCACUCUUUCUUAUGGGAAGGAGACAAAUACUGAGACAUAUUGGUGUGAAGUCUGUGAGGAAAAAGUAAGUUCGAAAGACCGGUUUUAUAAGUGUGAUGAAUAUUGUUGUGUCACCUUACACAUCAGAUGUCUGAUUGGGAAGGACUUAUACAUGAAGCCCGGUUCAUUGUGUAUCUACAAGGAUGGAAGAAAGCUAUUUGUGUUGCCCAAUAAUCAUAUGUCUCGACCAUCUUGCACAGGUUGUAGGAAGCGAUGUCCAUACAAAACAGUGUUGGUGCUUAUUCGAUUAAUAUUUUGUUCCACAUUUUGUAUUCAUCAUGUUUAG